AUGGCCACAAAAUUCUGCUGCUUUCUUCCAAUAUUGAUCCUAACAAUAUUAACUUUUAGUUCUUCUGGAAAUGCUCAAGCGUCUGAGAUAACAAGUUCUAAUGAAGCUGUUCUCUAUGCUUCUCCACCGCCACCAAAUGCAUGUCCCUAUUCUUGUCUUCCUCCACCCACCCCUACCGACUGCCCACCACCGCCACCUUCACUGCAGCAACCAACUCCAACUACUCCUUCAAAGCCACCUUCGGGGCCAGUCAACUACCCACCACCAUUGGGGUAUUAUUUGCCGCCAGAUGGAUACUCUCUCCCUCCACCAGUGUAUGUGUAUGGCCCUCCACCUCCUAAUCCAAUUUUGCCUUACCUCCCAUUUUACUACAAGAAUCCACCACCACCAUCUGAUUACUCUUCGGCUGCAAGUCAUUAUGUGACAAUCAAGCAGAUGAAGAGCAAGUUAUUGAUGCAAGCUGCACUUCUUCUCCUUAUUUGGUGUCAGUAA